AUGGCAGCGGUUCAAGUAGGAUCCACUCCACGAGAAGCUCCUCCAGCUUCAUCGGGAGAACGUCGAUGGAGCAACGCGGAAGUUUCGCACCUCUUCGAGCCCUUUGCGGUCCCUGGCCAGCAAGACACAGCCACCUUUGGUCUCCCGUGGUCCGCCCCCUUUCCUCUCGGCCUCAAGGUGACAGCCGCUCUCAGCCUCGCGGAAAGCGUCGAAGCCAUCAAGAGCUUCACGCAGUCCGGUGACACCGCGCGUCUGGUCAAGCAGCACGGGGGCGCCAUCCUGAUCCGCGGACUCCCGAUCGAGACGCCCGACGACUACAGCAAAGUCGCCCACGCCUUUGGCUUCCGUCCCCACGUCGAGGUUGGGCGGCCUCCGUUGCGGACAGUUCUGGCGCCUAAUGUGAAAACGGCCAAUGAAGGCCCGCCAGAGCUGCCCAUUUGGCCACACAGCGAGUAUGGAUGGAGCACCAUCAACCCAGCCUGGUUGACUUUCAGCGCCCUCAAGUUGCCAGAGUCUGGCGGCGCAACUCCAAUCACCUCGGCCAUCUACAUUGCGUACGAACUCUCUCGCCAAAGACCCCAGUUCCUCUCGCAGCUUCGCAACAAGGGCGUCAAGUACGUCUACCGCUACACGCCAAACCCGCUCGUCUCCAACACGGGCACGAGCGUGCGCGGGGCCUACGGCCAAGAGGUCACAGAUGACGACGAUGAGGCAACGGCCCGGGGCAAGAUCGAGGACGAGGUCCGGCGCCAUAGCGACCGCUUCGAGUGGCACGACGACGGCAGCAUCAGCGUGACGCACAUCGUCCCCGCCGUUCGGAUCCACGAUCCCACCGAAGCAACCGUCUUCUUUGGAAACGUCACCUCGGCCUGGGGGCGUAGCCGGCACCAUGGUGCGACGCGGCCGCCCUUCCGCGGGGACGACGGGUCGUACCACCCGCCGCCGACCUACGGCGACGGCGCGCCGAUCGACGUCGAGGACUUGGACCUGCUGCUGAAGCUCGCAGAGGAGGGGGCCGUCGACGUCGAGUGGGAGAGGGGAGACCUGGUGCUCCUUGAUAAUUACGCCGUGAUGCACUCCCGCAAGCCGUGGAAGGGCACGCGCCAGGUCCUCGCUGCUCUGUGGGAUGACGACGACGGCAACGACAGGAGGAUCAGGGAUUUCCCCGAGGGCCUGGAGUUGUUGAAGGCCAGUCCCCGUGUGCCUCGGAGAGACUCCGAGUAA